AUGCCAACCAAGCGGGCGGAGCCGGUCACCGUCCUCAGCCUUCGGAGGUUGAGCCUGGGAGCCCCAGAGCCACAGCCGAAAGAGCCCAAGACUUUCACCGUGGAAGAUGCCGUGGAGACCAUCGGGUUCGGGCGCUUCCACAUUGCCCUGUUCCUCAUCAUGGGCAGCACUGGGAUUGCUGAGGCCAUGGAGAUCAUGUUAAUAGCGGUUGUGUCUCCCGUCAUCCGCUGUGAAUGGCAGCUGGAGAAUUGGCAGGUGGCGUUAGUGACCACGAUGGUGUUUUUUGGCUACAUGGUCUUCAGCAUCCUCUUUGGCCUCCUGGCUGACAGAUAUGGCCGCUGGAAGAUUUUGCUCAUCUCAUUCCUGUGGGGAGCCUACUUCUCCUUGCUGACCUCUUUCUCUCCCUCGUACAUCUGGUUUGUCUUCCUGCGGACGAUGGUGGGCUGUGGCGUGUCUGGCCAUUCACAAGGGCUGAUCAUAAAGACGGAAUUUUUGCCCACAAAAUACCGAGGCUACAUGCUCCCUUUGUCCCAGGUUUUCUGGCUCACUGGCUCCCUGCUCAUCAUCGGCCUGGCCUCUGUGGUCAUCCCCACCAUCGGGUGGCGCUGGCUCAUCCGCAUCGCCUCCAUUCCUGGCAUCAUCCUCAUCUUGGCCUUCAAGUUCAUCCCUGAAUCCGCUCGGUUCAAUGUCUCCACCGGGAACACGCAGGCGGCCCUGGCUACGCUGCAGCACAUCGCCAGGAUGAACCGCUCGGCCAUGCCCGAGGGGCAGCUGGGGGAGCCCAUCCUGGAUAAAAGAGGAAGGUUUGCAGACCUGUUGGAUGCUAAAUAUUUGCGGACCACGUUACAGAUCUGGGUCAUAUGGCUGGGCAUCUCUUUCGCCUACUACGGGGUCAUCCUGGCCAGCACCGAGCUGCUGGAGCGGGACCUGGUCUGUGGUUCGAGGUCCGAGUCCGAGGCGGUGGUGAGCGUGGGGGUCUCAGAGGAGAGCCAGAGUCCCUGUUACUGCCACAUGUUUGCCCCCUCCGACUACCGGACCAUGAUUAUCAGCACCGUUGGUGAAAUUGCCCUGAAUCCUCUGAACAUCCUGGGCAUUAAUUUCCUGGGCAGACGGCUGAGCCUGUCUAUCACCAUGGGCUGCACAGCUUUAUUCUUCCUUCUCCUCAACAUUUGCACUUCAAGUGCUGGCCUCAUCAGCUUCCUCUUUAUGCUGAGGGCUUUGGUGGCUGCCAACUUCAACACCAUCUACAUUUACACCGCUGAGGUCUACCCCACCACCAUGCGUGCUUUGGGGAUGGGGACCAGCGGCUCUCUGUGUCGCAUUGGAGCAAUGGUGGCACCAUUUAUAUCCCAGGUUCUGAUGAGCGCAUCAUUGUUGGGGGCCCUGUGUCUUUUCUCAUCCGUCUGUGUUGUGUGUGCCAUUUCAGCAUUUACUCUCCCCAUUGAGACCAAAGGUCGGGCCCUACAGAGUGACGGUGUUGACAUACUAGUCCAGCUACCUUCCCCCUAUACUUUCGGCCACCGUGAUAAGAGUCAAAAGCUUCAGCUGCGCCAGUUGCACUUCACAGUCAGUAGACACUGCCUGCCUACUGUAUUUCACAAAGUACAUAAAACAAUAUGUACCAAAGUGUAA